AUGUCCUCCCAAGAAUGGCCACGCUACCAGGAGGCCUUAGAGGGCUUUCUCCAAUCUUCGCAAGGUAAUUUAACGCCAGCCACUAGCUCACGGGUUGCCAAGGCUCGUGAAAAAUUGAAGAAGUUGACGAAGAUCCAGUUUAGUGACUUGAGCACAGAUGUAUACGAUGAGAUGCAGCGAAGAGAAUCCACACGGUUAGAUCCAGAAAAUACGAGUCUUCCGAAAUAUCUUGCUUCCCAACCAAAUUACCAUCCAAAAAGAAAUCAAGCAAGACAAAAAUUGGCUGCUUUACCCCCUUCUAGGUUCAAAGACUUGGUGAACGAUGUUCUGUUUGAAAUCGGGAAUAGAAUGCAUAAAGAAGAUAAGGUGGUUUCGAAAACUAAGAACCAAAAGAGUGGUGGCAAUAUUGAGCGUGAGAAGGAUAACAUUACUAGUCAAGAGAGUGAUGUUGCAGAUAUUCACAACAAUAACAAUGACGGUCCUUUUGACACUCAACCUGAUUUUCAUGCCAGCGGCCAUGCUAAUGGGACCGGAAGUGACCCAACUGGUAAUUUGAAAAUUGAUGUCAGUAAGACACAGCAAUUCAAUGAUGAUUUCUUCUCAGAUUUGAAAACCCCUCAGACGUCAGACUUUCUGGGAACAACUAAAAGCCCCGCUACCCCUUCCCAACGAGAGAUCAAGCCAACCACUUUGGUUCCUAAAAAAUCAGAACUGACCUGGUCAAGUGAUGAAGAUGAUGAUCGUGAGGAUCAACAGGAUACCAAUCACAAUGCUAAUAUUUCUCAAGAAGACCUUGUCAAUGCUACCCAUAAUUUGUUUGAAAAAGAUAUAGAGAAAUCUCACAAGCCCGAGGAAGCUGAUUUCGACACUAUUAACCGGUCGCCAGAAAAGGAACUUAACUUUGGUAAUAACGAAAUAUUAGACACGCAUACCCUCCGCCACGAUGAAUCGAAUACUGGGACUGAUAGCACCUCUCUGAAAAAUGAGUUGCAGGAAUUAAGGUUCAAGAUUGAUGAAUUGGAACACGAAAAUUCACAUUUGAAAGCUUUAGCAACCCAGCAGCAAGAGCUACAAUCUGAAAACUUUAAUCUGAAAAGCCAGCUGGAAAACUUGAAUCAGAAUCAUAGAGAUGUAAACAAUCAUCUGGAAAAUAUGACAAAUCAGUUUGCGGAUUACGAUGAAAUGAAACAAGAACUGUAUGAUGUAAAGGGUAAGCUGAGUGCACAAUCUGAAGAACUAGACACACUCAGGCAAAUGACAGAUAUCGGUCAAGAAAAACAGUUGAGUGUGGAAGAUAGCAGGGAAUUCGAUACUUUGAAAACCUAUCUUGAUAAAGUGUUAGAAGAAAACGAAGAACUCAAAAGCAGGCUAGCUACCAUUACAUCUACAAACUCGGAUAACGGUGCUAAGCAUUUAGAAGAAUUAGAGAAUUUGAGAGAGCAGCAUGAAGAUUUGUCCCAAUCUCAUAAAAUUUUGAACGAAAACUACAAGAUUUUGAAAACUCACUCCGAUGAUCUUUCGAAAACGCUUGAAAAACACCAAGCUAAUGCAACAACAGCCGCCACAAAAAAUGUCAUUAAUACAAAUAUCCAAGCAAACACUUCGGCAGUUCUUGAUUGGCAAAACAAAUUUGAGACAUUGCGCUCAAAUCAUAUCCAAUUAAAACUAUCUUCAUUGAGUCAACUACCAAAAUUUGCCGAUAAAAAAGCGUUUAGUCCAAAUGGUCUUAUCUCCAUUCAAAGCAUCUCCAAUGUUAAUGCCUCGUUGGAAACUAUUUUAAUUUACAUGGAUUCUAGGGAUGACUCAGACGAGUCAUUAAUUGACCCCUCAGUUUUGUUCGAACGCGUGGCCAAUUUUGUUAGCAACGCUAAUGUGCUAUCAAAGGAAGUUGUUGUCUCCUCUAAUGAUAGAAAUUAUGUCCGCAUUGAAGAGAAAAAGAGAAUAUUGAAAAACGCAAUUUCUAAUGCUUUAUCAACAACUAAGCAUUUUGCCCUCUACCGUCAUAUAUUACCUCAACUUGUUCUGAACGCAGCGUUGAAUGAUGUCUAUUUCUCUAUCUGUUCUCUAAUCUCAUUGGCUAAAAUUCGUGGCGAUGGCACAAAAGGCGUUCCACAAAUCAAAACCGAUUACCUGGAAGACAAUGCAACCAUCACGGCCACUCCCGUUGCACUCAAAAAGAUUAGUGAAAUUGAAGAAAGGUCACCCUCGUAUGGUUCUAUUCAGGCUGCAAAUAAUACUGAAACCUCUGUGAGACCUUUGAGAAUCACUCAGCGUUUGGCCUCUGGCUCUACCUUAGAUCUGAAUGAGUUUUCCAAACCAGGACAGCCAAAUGGAUCGAGAAGUGGUUCUCCUAUGGGUCGUAAAAUUUUGGGUAGUCCGAUUCUUCCAGUCAUUGCAGCUGGCAAGAAGAACAGUGAGAUUGAUACUGUCAAGUUGGUCCCUAAUGUGAAAAGGGGCGUAACAAGAAAUGGAAGUGUGGAAAAUAUCAAAGAUUCAGUGAUAAAGUCUGGUUUGAAUUCCCCAGUUGAUGGUGAAUCACCGUUGGACAAUGUCAAACAAUUCAGUAACUCAAACAAUAGUAAGUUGUCAGUUUCUAAUCUUGCUUCAAAGUUUUCUUCUCCUGAACAUGAAAAUAAUAGCACCACCAGCGUGUCAAAAAGCAAUGCACCUUCCCCUUCUCGUGGUAAAAAUAUUGUUGAUAAACUUAAAAAGUUUGAUACCUCGGUUGACGAUUUAAGUAUCGCAAGUAAUGGCAAGGGAUCACCUAGUUCUUCAAAAGUGAAAGUCGGUCAUGAUGUUGCAAAGGCUUUUGACAAAUUCGGUGCGAAAAGACGCAGUGUCGAUUUGAAUUCGGACGUCAUCGCUAAAGAUGAACUAAGGGAACAUUCGAAGGAGAACAAUAUUGACAACUCAGAAAAAUCACUGAGUAAGGAGACCCUCAAGGAUUCUAGCAAAGUUUUGCACAACAAAGAUUUGAAUACAGUGAACGACGUUGCGAACCGUAAUCCUUUUAUUGAUGGCUCUGUUGGCUCUAAAAAAGGAGGGUUGUUCAGCACCGAUGAUCAAACAGAUAUGUCUUUGAAACAGAGAAUGAAGGAAAGUGCUAAUAGUGGGUUGGAAACUGAGGCAGAUGAUGAAAACAACGAAAAGGAUGUUUUUGGUUUGGAUAAAGAACAACACACUAAAAACUAUACUGGUGAAAGUGCUUCUGAUUUGAAAUUGAAUAGUGAAGGAUGUUCAAGCAAAGAAGUUUUACCUGAGCAUGAAAGUUCUUUAAGGGUCAGCAAAGAGCCUUUGACUGAUAUCAAGUCUGAAAAAAGUGGAAAGGUUUUAGUUCAGGCUGAUAAUGAAGGCAAAUCGAAGAAUGUUGAUAAUAUAUCAAAUGUUGUUGGAGAUGAUGUUGAAACUUUCGACGGUGACAAAUACUUCAAUGCCCCAGAUCAUGAGAAGAAAGAAAAAAAUCCUUCUGCAGCCUCGGAAGAAAGCUUACCGGAAUUGAAAGCCCCUUAUUCAGCAAAGUCAAAUGCCAAAGUUGAGCCAUUAAACCUCAAUUCUGGAACUUCCUCAGAGAAGCUCAAUGGUAUAGAUGCCAAAACUAAUGACGCUGAAGAGGAUGAGGACUUCAACAAUUAUGGCACAACCAAGGAUGUUUUAGCAGUCAAUGAUCCUCUACCUUCCGCAGGAAGUGCUUUAGAUAUAGAUGAAAAUCUUGUUAGAAGAGUAAGCAAGAGGCAAAGUUACAGAAAAAGUGUUCUGACCAACAAUGUAAGUGCUCAACCUGACACUGACAAACAGGGCUGGAAUUAUAACGGAGAAAGUGAGGAGGAAGAGGAAGAAGAGUUUGAUGUUGACAAAUUCAAUACUUUGAAUCCAGACAAUACGCUAAGAGAAUUAUUGUUGUAUCUUGAACAUCAAACUGUUGAGGUCAUCGGCGCCAUCCAAAAAACCCUACAAAGCAUACGUGAUCCAAAGGCAACGAAGGGAUUACUCAGGAGCGGUACUGCUGAGAUCAACUCAGUUGUCAAACAGAUGGCUGAAGGUACAAGUACUUUGAUGAACCAAAGUAGAUAUAGUGAGUCUAUGGGUCAUGCCAAGUAUGUGGUGGGCGUCUUAGAAGACUGUGUCCAACGUAUGGAAACGUUAUAUGGUAAAGACACCAGUAGCGAUGGUGAGUAUGCAGGGAAGAAUUUCAAGCAACGGAGUGCAGGUAUUGCGUUUGAUGUUGCUAGGAGUACCAAGGAGUUGGUGAAAACAGUGGAAGAAGCUAGUCUUCGUGAUGAGAUUGCGGUGCUAGAUUCAAGACUAAGAAGGGAUUGA